AUGCAGGAGUACGAUAUUAUUGUGCUCGGAACUGGACUGAAGGAAUGCGUCCUCUCAGCUUUAUUGUCUCAAAAUGGGAAAAAGGUUCUUCACAUCGAUAAGAAUCCUUACUACGGAGGAGAGAGUGCGUCCAUUUCCCCCCUCGAGCAGCUGUACAAGAAGUUCAAAGUUCCUGGCUGUACCAAGUCACUAGGGUGUGGAAAAGAGUGGAAUAUUGACCUCAUCCCCAAGUUUUUUCUUGCAAAUGGUGAGCUUGUGAGAAUCCUGGUGCACACUGAGGUUACUCGAUAUUUGGACUUCAAAGUUGUUGAAGGCAGCUAUGUUUACAAAGCGGGGAAAGUGCAUAAAGUCCCCGGCACAGAGGAAGAUGCCCAAACUUCAGAUCUGAUGGGCAUGUUUGACAAGAGGAGGUUCAGGAAGCUACUGCACUUGGCCCAAAACUUUGACAUGAGGAACCCUCGAACCUACCACAACGUGGACCCUAACAAAACCACAACACGGGACCUGUUUUGUCGAUUUGACUUGGGACAAGACGUUCAGGAGUUCACAGGUCAUGCCAUUGCCUUACACAGCAACGAAAGUUAUCUGGAUCAGCCGUGUCUGGAAACCAUCAGACGGAUCAGGCUGUACUCUGAGUCUCUGACCCGCCACAACACCAGUCCAUACCUGUACCCUGUGUAUGGGCUGGGAGAACUACCGCAAGGAUUUGCCCGACUGAGUGCAGAAUAUGGAGGAACCUUCCUGAUGAACAGAGCAGUGGAAGAGGUCUUGAUGGACAACGGCAAAGUGAAAGCUGUGAAAUCUGAGGGGAAGCUGUUCCAGUGUCAACAGCUCAUCUGCGACCCCAGCUACGUCCCGAACAGAGUGAGGAAAGCAGGUCAUGUGAUAAGAGUCAUCUGUUUAUUAAAUCAUCCAGUUAAAAACACCCACGAGGCAAACUCCUGUCAGAUCAUCAUCCCUCAAACACAACUUCACAGGAAAUCCGAUGUUUACAUUUCUGUGGUGUCCUACACGCACAGCGUGGCAUCAGAUGGGCUGUACAUCGCCACAGUUAGCACAACUGUAGAAACAAACAACCCUGAGAAAGAAAUCCAGCCAGCACUGGAGCUUCUCGAGCCUAUCAUUCAAAAGUUUGCUUCAGUAAGCGACCUGCUAGUUCCCAAUGAAGAUGGAAAAAAUAGUCAGAUUUUUGUGUCCCGCUCAUAUGAUGAAACAAACCACUUUGUGUCUGAAGUUGAGGACAUUAAAGAAAUGUACCUGCGGAUCACAGGAGCAGAGCUGUGCUUCAGAAGGUCGCAGAGACACCAAUCUCACACCUCUGAUGAGGACUGAGAGACACUGUCAACAUACUUCCAUGGCAAGGACUCCCUAGUAGAGUCAGCUGUCUUUUGAUCAAAAGAUUGGCUGUUUGAUCCCAGUUCCCCCAGUACACAGGUCGAAUUGUCCUUUGACAAGACACUGAACCCUUAAUAGCCAUUGGUGUUUGAAUGUGUAUGAAUAGGAUUCGUUUAUAAAUACUGAUGGACACUUUACAUAACAUCCUCUGACAUCAAUUUAUGAGUAAAAAGGGGAACGUGACGUGUUGUCAGUUGUAAAGCAGAGGAUGCUACUUGUACUGUGUCGUGAUUUGACAUUCUGUAAACUGUGAUUUCAAUGCUGUUUUCCUUGUAAGUUCAAUUCUUCUGCAUUUGCA